GCCUCUAUCGCUAAUAAAGAAACAAUGGCGACAGCGGCGACUGCAGCGGGCGGAACGGGCUCCGGCGGACCAUCGGCUGGCCAGGCGGGCGCCGGUUCCUCGAUCGGACGGAAAAAAGACGGAGGGCCUUCUUCCAAAUUUUGGGAGAGCUCGGAAACGGUGUCCCAGCUGGAGACAGUUCGGCUGUGGAUCGGGAAACAUUAUAAGAAGUAUGUCCAAACCGACUCUCCUACAUGCAAAACUUUGGCUGCGCUGGUGGUGCAGUUGCUGCAGUUUCAGGAGGAUGCAUUUGGGCGUAGAGUCAGCAAUCCUGCCCUUACCAAACUACCCGCAAAGAGCUUUCUCGAUUUCAAACCUGGAGGAGCCCUUUGCCACAUUCUGGGUUCUGCAUACAAGUUCAAAAGCGAGCAGGGCUGGAGGAGGUUUGAUCUGCAGAACCCAUCCAGAAUGGAUAGAAACGUGGAGAUGUUCAUGACUAUUGAGAAGACUCUUGUUCAGAACAACUCUUUGACCCGACCAAUUGUAUACAUUGUUUCUGACAUGGACCAAAAGCAAGCCAACAAGCUCAAAGACAUCAUCAAGAGACAUCAGGGCACCAUCACUGAAGAUAAAUCAAAGGCCACUCAUAUUAUUUACCCCUCCCCAGCCCAGGUUGAAGAAGAGGAAUGGCUACGUCCUGUCAUGCGCAAAGACAAGCAAGUUUUGGUUCACUGGGGUAAUUACCCUGACAGUUAUGAUACAUGGGUAUCAACAAGUGAUGUGGAUGGAGAUGUUGAGGAUCCACCAAGUUCUGAGAAACCAUGGAGGGUGCAUGCUAAAUGGGUCAUCGACACAGAUGCUUUCAACGAGUGGAUGAAUGAGGAAGAUUACGAAGUGGAUGAGAACAAGAAGCCUGUGAGUUUCCGCCAGCGGAUCUUCCCAGGAGAAGAAGUGCCAGACCCUUUGAGGUCUAGACAGGUCAAUCAGAAAAAGGACAGUGAGAACACGCCAGUGAAAGGCGGAACGGUUGCUGAUUUGGAUGACCAGGAAGAUGAUUCACUAGCAUCUGGUGGCAAGGAGGAAGAUGAACAGGGCAAAAUGGUGAUUAAUCGUCUGAUUGACUCGGAGGACAACGUGACUGAACAAACCCAUCACAUCAUUAUACCCAGCUAUGCUGCCUGGUUCGACUACAACAGUAUACAUGAAAUUGAGAGGCGUGCCCUGCCAGAGUUCUUCAAUGGCAAAAACAAAUCGAAGACUCCAGAGAUCUAUCUGGCUUAUCGUAACUUCAUGAUUGACACAUACCGGCUGAAUCCUCAGGAGUACCUGACCUCCACCUCCUGCAGGAGAAACCUCACUGGAGAUGUCUGUGCGGUCAUGAGAGCGCAUGCCUUUUUGGAGCAGUGGGGGCUGGUGAACUAUCAGGUUGAUUCUGAGAGCAGACCCCUUCCAAUGGGCCCUCCACCAACCCCACAUUUCAAUGUUCUGGCUGAUACUCCCUCUGGCUUGGUGCCGCUGCACCACCGCCCCCCACAGGUUCCCCCUGCUCAGCAGAUGCUGAACUUCCCAGAGAAGGGCAAAGACAAGCCAACUGACCUGCAGAACUUUGGCCUCCGUACAGAUUUUUACUCAAAGAAGAAUCCCAAGGGUAAAGGGGCUGCAGGUGGGAGAGAGUGGACUGAGCAAGAAACAUUGCUUCUGUUGGAGGCUCUGGAGAUGUAUAAGGAUGACUGGAAUAAGGUUUCUGAGCACGUGGGCAGCCGUACACAAGAUGAGUGCAUCUUGCACUUCCUGCGGCUGCCGAUAGAGGAUCAAUACCUGGAGAGCUCUGAAGCCUCACUAGGCCCUUUGGCUUACCAGCCGAUCCCCUUUAGCCAAUCAGGAAAUCCUGUCAUGAGCACUGUUGCAUUCCUUGCCUCUGUGGUCGACCCGCGUGUGGCGGCGGCUGCUGCCAAAGCAGCUUUGGAGGAGUUCUCGCGUGUGCGUGAGGAGGUUCCCACAGAGCUGGUAGAGGCUCAUGUGAAGAAGGUACAGGAAGCCGCGCGCAGCACAGGAAAAGUAGACCCUGCGUUCGGCCUGGAGAACAGUGGCAUUGCUGGUACAGCUCCUGAGGAACCAGAGAAGACGGAACCUACAGAGACUGAGAAGAUGGACACUGACUCGGAUUCCCAGCCUGAUAAGGCGGAGUCAAAGGAUGAAGCAGAGAAGCCCAGCGAGUCUGCGGAAAAGCCGACAGAGAAGGAAAAGAAUGAGACUACAGAGAAAUCUGAGCCGCAGGAAGAGGAAGAGAGUGAGGGAGGAGAAUCCAAGACAGCAGAGAAAGACAAAGAGGAGGACAUGGAGACCACAGAGGAAGGGAAAGAGGGUGAGGAAGAAAAGGAGGAAGGAAAGAAAAACCUUGAGUUGGAUAUCGGAGAGGGCAACAUCGCCACCGCUGCCGCUGCUGCUCUGGCCUCUGCUGCCACCAAGGCAAAGCACCUGGCUGCAGUGGAAGAGAGGAAGAUCAAAUCUCUUGUGGCUCUGCUGGUAGAGACUCAGAUGAAGAAGCUGGAGCUAAAACUCAGACACUUUGAGGAGCUGGAGACCAUCAUGGACCGUGAGAAAGAAGCACUGGAGCUCCAGAGGCAGCAGCUUUUGACAGAGCGACAGGCGUUCCACAUGGAGCAGUUGAAAUAUGCUGAGAUGAAGGCUCGUCAGCAGAUGGAACAGCAGGCAGCUGUGCAGCAGAAUGCAGGAGGACAUCACGGACCACCUCCACAUGGCCCAACUCCACACGGCCCACCUCCAGGCAUGCACCCUGGACACCCAGGACAUCCCGGGCACCCAGGCCCCGCAUAUCCCCCCAUGCACCAUCCCAUGGGUCCCCACCAUGCCCCUCAGACAGGACCAAUGGUUGGACCAGGCCAGCCCAUGCCAGGUCAGCCUAUGCCAGGCCGGAUGAUGCCUGGACCUCCCCCAGUUGGACCCCCACAGGGUGGCAUGCUGCCCAUGAUGGGCCCUCGACACCCUGGACCACCCAACGGCAUGUACCCAGGUCCACCUCCAACCGCACAGCCUGAUGGGAUGCCCCCUGGCCCAGUGGGACCUCCUGUAUCUGCGCCCCCUCCUCGUGCUGCUGAAAACUAAACUAUUCCCCCCGUCACCGCACACACGUAAACAUCCACACACAGAUACACACACACACACACACACACAAAUCCAGAUUAAUUCGGGACCCCCGCAGACCUGCUGUCGUCGCCCUCUGUAGUUUGGCCUUGCUGAUUGGUGGGUCAUCUCUAAAUCCUCUCGAUCGAGCUGAGCACUCACCUCCUCACCCGCAAACAUUCACACGCUCAGGGCACAAAGUCAAGAGUGCUCCCGUUCCUUCGUCUCUUGGCUAGUAAUAGCACUGGCUUCUGUUCUGUUUCUCUCCUCUUGUGUUUGUUUUCGAGAGCGUUAGACAGACUCCUGCGGAACUUCGCUGUCCGGCUCUUCCCUGUAAUGUGACUGAUGGAAUCAUAUGUGUAUAUUGUGCUGAUCCACGUAAGCUAAAUGCUCCAAGAUCGAAAUCACACUGUAGCUACGAGCCGGUUCACAGCGUCCCGCCGCCUCUGGAGUCCUGUGGCGCGCAGAGAACCUUUCCACUGCCUUACUUGUUUGUGGUGCGGUAUCCAUUACAGCAGGGUUCCCGGUGGCUUCCUCGAGAUUCCUUUUAAUAUUUACAUCCACAUCUAGCUGAUAAUCUACCUCGCCGGUGCAAUUGUACGCAAUCUGUGCACAGUGUGUGAAGCAGAUUUGCUUUAUGGUACUCUGCUUGGUCAGCCACGCUGUGACCCAGAGAUCAAUGAGAGAUCGUAACUCACACCGCCACGAGUGCUUCGCUGUCCUAAACGCGUCCCGAGUACUGUAACACCGAACGAGAGCCCACCAAACUGCUGUUUUUAGAGAUGUACCCACACAAGCAUGAAACUUUGUUUGCUUCAGAUGUACGAACACACACACACACAUUUAAAACCUCCGCAAAUGGAGGUGUAUAUGGUAUCACACUGAAGUGAUGGAGGAACUUUGCUUAUCUUAGGUGUAGCUGGCCUUUUGUGCUCCUCCCUUAGGUGCUGACAGAGUAGCUGCCCUGCCUCGCUCUACCUCUCUCACUUUACUACCUCUCUUCUCUCCUUCUCUUUUCCUGUUAUGGCUGUUCUCUCUCUUUCUUUCUCUCUCUCUUUUCUUUGUGUGUGCCCAUGUGACUGCUGCAUUACUGCUGUGUGGAGGCUGUCGUCCUCCUCCUCCUCAGGUGAACCAAGCCCUCACUUCAACACGGCCCACCCCACUACACUACACACACACACACACACACACAGACACACAGAUACACGCGCAUUUCCUCUUCCAAAACUUUCCAGGCUGUAUAUCACCGAAAAAUGGGGUGAAACCCUGCCCUCCCCGAUCUCCAUAUAUAUCUUUUAUUGCUUUUUAUUUUAUGGUGAUGUAUUUUUAAGAAAAUAAAGUUUGUGUAGACUCAGUUAUCGCUGUUCUUGGAAGUUUGUAGCUUUCUCUUUUCAUUUUUACCCGGCACAUUGAUUCUGAGACCUGAACACUGUCUAAAUAAAGUGGGUUUGUUUUUGUAA